AUGUCCACUGUCCACAACGUCGCCAAAGCCGGGUUUGGCAUUGGGAACGAUCUCUACGAUCGCGCUCGACCUUCAUACCAGACCAACGCGAUCGCGCACAUCCGCCAGCCAUCAGCGCGUCGGCGCCUCUCAACAUCGUCGAGUGAGAUCGGCUCCGGGACGGGCAUCUUCACGCGCGCGCUGCUCGCGCACCCCGCGUUCGCGGCGGACGUCGGCGCCCUGCGCGCCGUCGAGCCCAGCGCGGGCAUGCGCGACGUCUUCACCAAGACCGUCGCCGACCCGCGCGCGUCCAUCGUCGAGGGCGCCUUCGACACGACUAGCGUCGAGGACGGCUGGGCGGACGCGAUCAUCAUCGCCCAGGCGUUCCACUGGUGCCCAGACUAUCCCGGCGGCGUUGUUGCGUUGAUCUGGAACCUCGAAGACAGGAACCGUGCGACGUGGCGCCACGAGAAAGACACCCCGCAGUUCCGCCUGGGACUCUGGCGUGCAACCUUCACGACCCCGACUUAUGGCACGCUGUUUGAACCUCAAGAGGAGAACGUAUGGGACUAUGUUCUUCCCGGCACGCGCGACAUCGUUGUCGACCGCGCGUGCAGCAAGAGCUACAUCGCUGUUCUCACCCCAGAGGAGCGCGUGAAAGUCGUCGAGGACAUCGACGGCAUCAUCCAGCGAAAGGAUGGGAUGACGUGGAUGGAGGAGGAUAAGGGCGUGUUCGAGUACCCCUACCAGACCUUCCUGGUUGUCAUGAAGAAGAAGUAA